GUGGAGACUUCUCCUCGACCUCUUCCCCGCGGCAAUGUGCGAAUUCUGGGUCUCCAGGAAACGGGGAUACGGGGCAUGGCUCCCAGCAAGGCCUGGUCCAGCUUCUCCGAAAUAUACGUCUGUCACAGUUAAGAGCAAAGCCUAGGGCAAGAGUUCUACGCCCAAGAUGGCCAGCCGGAAGCGGGCUUCUCGCGACCAUGUGGCGAAGCCCCAUUCGUCAGCUGGCCGCCCGCGGCCCCGGUACCCGGCCACCUCUCUGAUCUGCGCAUAAGCUGGGCUACGCCUGGGCGCAGGCGCUAAGAGCGGCUGCGUCUAUGGUCAUGACGUCUGACAGAGCGUCCACCCGCCUUCGCCAGGACUCUAUGGUUCUUACGAGCGCAGAGAGACCGCCUAUAUAAGGCAUGCGCAGGCGUGGGAGCGCCCCUUUCCCUUCGGCGCGCCACUGAAGAUCCUGGUGUCGCCAUGGGCCGCCGCCCCGCCCGUUGUUACCGGUAUUGUAAGAACAAGCCGUACCCAAAGUCUCGCUUCUGCCGAGGUGUCCCUGAUGCCAAGAUUCGCAUCUUUGACCUGGGGCGGAAGAAGGCAAAAGUGGAUGAGUUUCCGCUCUGUGGCCACAUGGUGUCAGAUGAAUAUGAGCAGCUGUCCUCUGAAGCCCUGGAGGCUGCCCGAAUUUGUGCCAAUAAGUACAUGGUAAAAAGUUGUGGCAAGGAUGGCUUCCAUAUCCGGGUGCGGCUCCACCCCUUCCACGUCAUCCGCAUCAACAAGAUGUUGUCCUGUGCUGGGGCCGACAGGCUCCAAACGGGCAUGCGAGGUGCUUUUGGAAAGCCCCAGGGCACUGUGGCCAGGGUUCACAUUGGCCAAGUUAUCAUGUCCAUCCGCACCAAGCUGCAGAACAAGGAGCAUGUGAUUGAGGCCCUGCGCAGGGCCAAGUUCAAGUUUCCUGGCCGCCAGAAGAUCCACAUCUCAAAGAAGUGGGGCUUCACCAAAUUCAAUGCUGAUGAAUUUGAAGACAUGGUGGCUGAAAAGCGGCUCAUCCCAGAUGGCUGUGGGGUCAAGUACAUCCCCAAUCGUGGUCCUCUGGACAAAUGGCGGGCCCUGCACUCAUGAGGGCUUCCAAUAUGCUGCCCCCACUUAAUACUCACCAAUAAAUUCUACUUCCUGUCCACCUA